GCAAUGACUGUGGACUGAGACCUUUCCGAUUUGGGCGGGAACAUGCAAAGACUAUUUCAUGGUAAAUUUUGGUGUCGCAGUCUACUGCCGUACCUGUAAUAUAGCUUCAUGAGCAUGCAGCAAGGUCGUCAGCUGCGUUAUGGCACAUCUGGGCUGAGCCUGCUUAGAGCCUGCCAUCCGGCUGCAUCUACGGUACUCGCAGUCGUAGCGAUCAGGCCAGUCGAGCGCAGAGCACGUUGCGGGCGCACAGGGGGCGUCUCUCUCGCGGCGUGGGGCCGAGCAUUGUGGUGGCGGAGGCACCAGCAGCUGCGGGCGACCUGGGCGGCCUCGAGUGCCUGGUGUGGGCGGGGUGGAGCUGCAGCAGGUCAGCAACGCAGCAUUGCGGGCGAGUGCUACAGGGGGGCACAGGUUGGGAACUUUGUUACGCCAUCAGUGGCCUCUGCAGGUGGAGGUGACCCACAGUUGCAGGCUUGCAGCUGCACAGAUGUUCUUCCUGGGCGCAGGGAAGGGUGGCGGAGGCACAAGGAGGAGACAGCAGGCGCAACAGCAGGGUUGCCGCUGGCUUGGCGCCGUGGGGGCGCUAUCGCUUGGCUGGCAUGCCAGGGGCGCCGCAUGUGCAGUGCACAGCAGCAACGCACCGGUGUUGGCGGCGCUGCUAGAUGCGAGGAUGGCGACCACGGACGUGGGCAACCUAGCCGCUGCGGCCACUGCGGCAUCAGGCGGCCCCGUGGCGCCGUCUGGCGAUGCAGGCGGCAGCAGCUGCGCAGCGCCUGCAGGCAGCGGCGCAGCAGCGGCGGCUCAGCAAGCGACCGCUUGCUUAAAGCAUAGCCAUUGACGCAGCACUUCAAGUAACGAGUCAAGCCCAUCAACAUCCGUCGCCGCGUUUUCUGGCUUCGGUGAUACGGUAGAGUGGUUGAGCAUCAAACGUCGCAGGCAAAAAAAGGAAUAGAGCUGCUGUCAGUGUUUAAGUGUCGGGUGCGCCAUACAGCGCAGAUGGAGGCGCAUGAUCAGGUCUUCAGGUGCCAGCCGCCAGGUGUCGCCAACAUAAGCUGUUCGCACAGAAUGUCAACAGGAAAGGGAAACACCUACCGCUACGCAGUACUCCGGCUUGCCCCUCCCCCCUCAGGGCGCUCCAUGCCGUGCGCCCCGGAAUGCGGUGUGGGGAUGGGGUGGGGUGGGAUGGACUGGCGGAUGGUGGAAGUAUUAUAUAGGUCUGCUGGGGGCUGCGAGCAGCCAUACUACCGGUCAUGAUAUUGCCUUCGGUAGCUCAGGGCGCCGCGGGCUGGGGGUGGGUAAGUGAGCGGGGAUGGGGGCUCGGACUCAGCAGGGGCACGGACUCAGGGCGUGGAAGCCAGCGAGAAGCGGGCGAGAGUAACGCCGAUGUGCCGGGUGAUGUGCGAGCAGAAUACAGAACGCGGCAUUCGUCAUUGCGGGGAAACUAAAACUGAUAGCGCCAACCUUUUGACACGAGUGUGGCGCAUGAGCCGGGGCGCACCAGUAGACUGCACGAGUAGACUGGUAGGUGAACCACAAGCAGCCGGCAGAGUGCAGCCCACGCCUCGCGGCAGCAUGGCGGAUGCCAGAGGCCACCGCUCAAAACUCAAAACACAUGGACUGCUAGGCAGCAUGCACGCCAGGCACAAGCCGGUGCCACACCGCUCGCACUGAUCGUGGCUUGGUGCGGCCAGUGCGGCGUUGGGUUGAGAAUGCUUUCACAGUUCCAUCCACAUACCGGGUGUAUGCUCAAGCGUUGCAGUACAAGGUCGUUGAGGAUGAAGGUCACAUAAUUGAUUGGGGAGGGCCAAAAGGCCCGACAGAAAUUGCGGAAGCGUUCCGAAGAACGACGACCGACGGGGAUGGAAUAAGUUUUCAACUGGCACUGUCGCGACUCGGUUAGACCUCACAGUCUGCGACACUGCCCCAAGCGCAAGGAUACCGAAACAUGUGCGCCGGAAGCACCAGCCCCAAACUGGGUCCGAGUGAUGUGCGACUGGCCGCACGAUGGUGGGGGCUAUUCUUGAUCAUUGAUGGGGUCCGAUUGGGCCACUUGUAGCGUUCCAGUGUCGCGCCCUAUGAUAGGACAAUGAACGUGACUCAGUCACACGAUAUGCACGGUCACACGCCAGGUCACGACACCAGGUUUCAAUAAGACACACUGCUUGCGACUCUGCUACAGUGCCCUCCAGCCAUUUGUGCGUCUGCGUAGAGCGUGGUGAGUGGUACCGCUGGCCAUGGGGCCAUGGGGCCGGUGGCACAGAGUGACAGGGCCCGCGGCAGUGCGGCAUACCCAAGUGGCUUGGGGCCUUUAGAGGCCGCCGGAGGCGGAAUGCAUGCGGUCAUGCGCGGGGUGGAGGUGUGGUAACAAGGUGACGCAGAGGAGCGCGCGGAGAGUGUGCAGCGCUGGGGUUGUGGUGGGGCCGGCCAACGUAACCAAGCUGCGGGCGUGGAGGCGGCUGAUACCAGACGGUGUUAGCUAUUCGGUGGCAGAUCUUGUGCGGCAUGUAGAGGACAGAGCAGGCGUUUGUGGCCCAGUUAAAAAUGUGGCGUAUCGCAGAUAGGGACAGGAGGAUUCCCCUGUAUGGCAAUGUGCGUCAGCUACCGUUCAUAUGCAGGUUGCAGGCGGUCAACGGCUUGUGUAUGGAGCACCAUGCCAGAUUGCCAGUAGAACUGUGUCGGCGGCCUGACCGUGCCCACUGCUGGCGCACCUUUUAGCCCUUGCGUGCCCUUGUCAGCUUGUCGGAAGGUGCUUAGAUGUGCAGCAAAUAGUAUAAUGUAUGUUCUAGGACAGCUCCGACUAACCCCCAGCUCACUCGUGUACGGCACCCCAACCCCGGCAGCCGUACAGGAGUUUCAGUGCGAGUCGGCAGCUGCACGAGUGGGAGCAGGUAGUUGUACGGCAGCCCGGCUCGGAAGCUACCUGACUGUAGUGACGCACACGGGCAUUUGGCGCUAGUCGGCAGGCGCGCGAGUGGGAAUGAGCAGUUGAGCGCGCACGCGGGUUGGAAGCUGCGGCAGGGCACGGUGGAGCACGGCGGAGGCUGGCGGUUGGCGCGGCGCGCGAGUGGGAGUGCAUAGUCGUGCGCACGCCCUUUGGGAAGCUGUGUGUGUGAGCUGCGUGUCAACUCAGAGAGACGCAUGGGGCUGUGUCGCGCCCUACGAUAGGACACUGAACGUUUCGUGUGCCUGACGGCGACUCUGCUCAGGAUAAUAUCGAUCACAGUCAGAUAGGUCCAAACAUAGCUCCAUGGUCUGGGCAGAUCGGCCAGCGCAAAGAGCGACUGAUCAUGGUGGUCGGCGAUGGCAGAACGUCUCCCGGGCUCUCAUUCCGAUGUUUGCAGAUCUGUUAUGUCGGC